UAGUUGCGUCUCAACUGAGCAGCACAUCAGUUGCAGUCACCGGGGCGAGCUGAGCACCAGCAGUGCGGGGGACGGAGCCGCUUAGCACAGCGUACUUCCGCCGGGGGACACGAGAAGCGUGCAUUGGGAAACAACUAAUUGCACACUUCAGUGAGGAGAGUGAGACGGAGAGAAAAGUUACCAGGUCAGCAGCUGAGACUGACUGGGUUCGCUCUUGCAGCUGGGGGAGCAUCACGUAGGAAACUGGGAGAACUGUCACUUUUUCUCAUGACAGGAGGACUAUGCAAGAUUAAGCAGUAGACUGGACUCUAUCAAACAACUCACCUCAGCUUGAUUCUUUUAUCCGUGCACCUUUUUUUUUUAAUCAUUGGGAAGCCGCUCUGUCCUGCCAUCUCUGAGACUAUGUUAGACUGUGCGUCAGGGAGCUCCUCAUCAGCGGCCGCAGCACCAGAGCAUGGAGAAGUCCAGCAGUGAGGAGUCAGUCAUUCACCGUAGUCCGUCCGUAGAUAGCUGCGAAUCCGACUUCCCCCAGGCCUCCACGUCUGGCCCCCCGUUCAGCGGCCGCGGCUUCACCGCCGGCGCUUUCUACGGCUCCACCGGGCCACGUAAAAACGCCCCGCAGGGUCAGGCUGCGACCGCGGCUGAGCCCGGCGCCGGAGACAAGAGCGACAACAAGUACAGCUCGCCCAAAGGGAGCAAAUACGUGGUCUUUUACCUGGAUCUAUCCUUUGUCUUCCUUUUAGAAUUCAAGAAGUUUAACAUGGCAAGAGGCUGCCUUUGCUGCUUGAAGUAUUUGAUGUUCAUCUUCAAUCUCAUCUUCUGGUUGUGUGGCUGUGGGCUGCUCGGCGUGGGCAUCUGGCUCUCCGUGUCUCAGGGCAGCUUCGCCACCUUCUCGCCCUCGUUCCCUGCACUGUCAGCUGCCAACAUGGUCAUUGCCAUCGGCGCCAUCGUCAUGGUAACAGGCUUCUUGGGUUGCCUUGGUGCCAUCAAAGAGAACAAGUGCCUCCUACUCAGUUUUUUCAUCGUCCUGCUGAUAAUUCUCCUGGCAGAAGUGAUAUUAGUCAUCCUGUUCUUUGUGUACACAGAUAAGGUGAGCGACAACGCCAAGCAAGAUUUGAAAGACGGCCUGGCUCUCUACAACUCUGAAAACAACAUCGGCCUGAGAAAUGCCUGGAACAUUAUCCAGGCAGAGUGGAAGUGCUGCGGCGUUAUAGCCUACACAGAUUGGCACGAGGCCCUGAAAGAGAAGGUCGUUCCUGACCGCUGCUGCCAGGAACAUUACCAGGACUGUGGACGGAACGCCACCACCAUGUUCUGGAACCGAGGAUGCUUUGAGAAAGUGGAGGAGUGGCUUGAUGACAGCAAGCAUCUGUUAGGAACCAUAGGCAUGGUCAUCUUGGUGGUGCAGCUCCUGGGCAUGGCGUUCUCCAUGACACUCUUCCAUCACAUCCACAGAACGGGGAAGAAGUAUGACGCCUAAGCUUCGAGAGAAGAGGAGCCUCAAUUCCUGAUGGGAUGGAACUUUUGAAAGAAAAAAAAAUGCCACCCCCUUCGUGCUCCCCAAACAACAACACCACCACUGCGUUGCAACCAUCCUUUGACUCUGUUCCCAGAAUUUGUGUGCAGAUUCCUCGGCCUGCUCCUUUCGACACUCAUUUUUGCCAAAGAGUAACACAACUGUAAGAGGGGGAAAAGGACGGCAGCGUCAUUUGGCACUUGAGAGAACCCCGUUGGUUGUCACUCCUUGAUUUUUAUUAACGGUUUACAAAAAGGAAGCGCUCACAGACACUAAGACAAUAAAGACUUCUAUUAACACUUCCCACCCGCUGGGAGAAGACGACAUAAAAAUCCCUCCUCCCAUUUCUGGAGUGUUUGUGUUUCUUUUAUGUCGAUUAAAAAUCACCCUCUUGUAAAUGGAUGAAAAAAAAACAAAAUGGCAUGCUAGUUUUCUACUUAAAUUCAAAAAACCCUUUAGCACCCUUUAUUUUGUUCCAAAUACCUUUUUUGUAUGUGAGUGACGCUCCUGCGGAAUGUAAGGAAUUGAUGGCGUUAUUGUUUUUUUUCUUUUGACUAUCAUUUUGGGUAAAGUGAGUCGGAUGGAAGGACGUCACAAAAGUCGUGGUACAAGUUUGACACAUUUGGAAAAAAAUAAGAAAAAAACAUGCUAUGUGUUACCACACCCCGACAUUGUUGCGUUUUCCUAUUGAGACGAUGCAAAUUGUGUAAAAUGAUUGUUUAUUAAAGCUCCACCGGGACUGUCAACAGCACGGGUGAUGAAAUACCUCUCCUUGGAGAACACACACUCAAUGGCGGUGUGUGUUUUAUCGCAUUGUUCCACCCUGCAGAGGUUGGUUUUCUAAAAAAAAAAAAAAAGUGCACAAAAACAUGGAAAAUUGUGGGCACUGGGGGGCAGAAACCGAGCAGACAUGCAUUCUUGCUGAUAUCAUAAAUUGUGUUAGUGGAGGCGGCAGAGCGUUUCUCUUCCAUAUUCCGCAACUGUCACACAUUUGUUCUCCUCUCAUCAGUCUCUGCUCACCUUUCGCUCCGUGUUUCCUCGCAAGCACUUUCCACCCGGAUCUCCCCAGCCCCGAAACGAGUCCGUAUUUCGAGUCCCGUCGUCCCCAGAUGAUGUCGCCACCCAUGACACACCUCUGGCUUUUCCCGCCGCUUCUGUUUGCGUGACGUGUGUGUCGGACAGAGAGUUGGGAGAGUAGGCCGAUCAAAGCUUGAGACAGAAAGCUAUGGCAACGUGCCCUAAAGGACGCAUCUGCUUACCACGGAUUCCCUGCAAGAAGCUCGGGAAUCAAUCCGCCUCCUUAAAGACUAAAAAUACUCGGGUCUGGUCCAUGUGUCUGGUGUGUGGACUUCAAGGGAAAGGGCCUUGGGUGGGGAACAUUACACUUUCUACAAACAAUAUGCUUCAGUUUCGUUUUUUUGGUUUUUUUUGCAAUGUUGGGCCUCAUCUACUAAAAUCCAAAAAAUGUGCAAACUAGUGUUGUAACAUUACCAAUAUUUUGGUACCGGUACUAAAAUUAUUUCCAUACUUUUCGGUACUUAUCUAAAUAAAAGGGACCACAAAAAUCUGCAUUAUUGGCUUUAUUUUAACAAAAAAUCUUAUGGUACAUUAAACAUGUUUCUUAUUGCAGUUACGUCCUUAAAUAAAAUAGUGAACAUACUAGUAAGUAAACAAACAAAGGUUACUAAUUAGUCUGCUGACAUAUGCAGUAACAUAUUGUGUCAUUUAUCAUUCUAUUAUUUUGUCAACAUUAUUAAGGACAAGUGGUAGAAAAUGAAUUAUUAAUCUACUUAAAGUUAAAGUUAAAGUACCAAUGAUUGUCACACACACACUAGGUGUGGCGAAAUUAUUCUCUGCAUUUGACCCAUCACCCUUGAUCUCCCCCUGGGAGGUGAGGGGAGCAGUGGGCAGCAGCAGUGACUGCGCCCGGGAAUCAUUUUGGUGAUUUAACCCCCAAUUCCAACCCUUGAUGCUGAGUGCCAAGCAGGGAGGCAAUGGGUUCCAUUUUUAUAGUCUUUGGUAUGACUCGGCCGGGGUUUGAACUCACAACCUACCGAUCUCAGGGCGGACACUCUAACCACUAGGCCACUGAGUAGGUGUUCAUUUACUGUUAAUAUAUGCUUACUUUCUCUUUUAACAUUUUCUAUCUACGUUUCUGUUAAAAUGUAAUAAUCACUUAUUCUUCUGUUGUUUGAUACUUUACAUUAGUUUUGGAUGAUUCCACAAAUUUGGGUAUCAAUCCGAUACCAAGUAGUUACAGGAUCAUACAUUGGUCAUAAUCAAAGUCCUCAUGUGUCCAGGGACGUAUUUCCUGAGUUUAUAAACAUAAUAGAAAAUGGAUGGAUGGAAAGAAGAUGUUGUGAUGCCAAAAAAUAUCGACGUAAUCAUAGUAAUAUCGUCUAGAUACGUGCCUGUACUUGAUAUCAUUACAGAUCCACCAAUGGCGUUUGUUUACAUUUUGAUGCCGGUGAGCUAGGGUGUGGAGUGGUGCAUGUUUAGCUAUUCCUCGUCCUGCAGUGAUAAUGAUACUUGUAAGAAACGUACUUUAUUUGUCGCCUUGGAGACGAGGAUUAGUGAUUUAGAAGUAGCUAAUACACUGCAGACGGUGGAUGGACGUUAGCCGCUAGCUAGAUAGCCAUGUCUUAAAGCAUCUCUUCCUGAGGGCGUUUCAGUGUUAUAACUUCACGUUUAUUGUUAGUUUUCAAGCCAAAAUGUGUCCGUUCUCUCUUUUCUAUCUACACACUGUGUCUGCUUGUAAGUACUGUGUGCCGCCGAACAUGCUCGUCAGCUCGUAAAACCAGCAAUGUGAUGACGUGACUUCAACGCGGGCGCCGGGGGGUGCGGGACCGGUACGUUUCAGAGACGGUAUAGUACCGAAAAUGAUUCAUUAGUAUCGCGAUACUAUACUAAUACCGGUAUACCGUACAACCCUAGUGCAAACUAUUAAAUUGUGUGUACUAUUGCUGGGGGUGUUGCCUACUAAGACUAUGUCUGCAAUUGAUAAAAAGGGCGAAAGUGGUUGAAGCCCUCCCAGUUUAAAUUUUGCCACCAUGGAGACACUUAUUUCCCUCCACAUAUAUGGCAUCAUAUGGUCCAACCUGUGGUGUUUUGUCAUGUUAACAUACAGCACACAACUAUAAUAUGUACAACCUUUUCAGUGCAAUAUAGAAGUGUAAUCUAGACCGGUGAUUGG